GGCCAGUGUUGUCAGAUUGCAGAGUGAGGUGGUCUGUCUGCCGCAGGGAAAACGUCCUAAAACACUGUUUGUAGCUGAUUUUACGAGCUUCCCGGAACGCUUCAAAUGGCUGACUCGGACGAUGAGUACGAUCGCAAGAGGCGCGACAAGUUCCGCGGUGAGCGCAGCUCCGGCGAUAACUAUCGCGAGCGAGACCGUCGAGAUGACCACAGAGGUCGCGACGAGUGGAUGGAUCGCGUGAGGUCGAAGCCCGACUACAGGGAGUUCCGGAAUGGACGCGACAGGAUGUACUCGCCGCCCAGGGACAUGCCGCCGAUGAAGAGGAUGCGCAUGGGGCCACACGAUGGCUACGGGCCGUAUGGCGGCGGCGGUUGGCAUCACGAGUCCGGCAUGGGAUGGUUGCCACACGGCGGUGGUCAUCCGUACGGCUCCGGUGGUCCCAUGCCAAUGCACUCCAGGGAUUCCGUCCCGAAUCCAGACAUGCAAACGCAGCCUUGCAUAAUGACGCUGAAGCAGUUCCUUGCGACGCAGGAUGACUCGAUAUCUGAUUCCGAUGCCAUCACCAAGUACAAUGAGUACAAGCUGGACUUCAAGAGGCAGCAGCUGAAUGAGUUCUUCGUGGCGCACAAGGAUGAGGAAUGGUUCAAGGUUAAAUACCAUCCGGAGGAUUUGCUGAAGAGACAAGAGGAGCACGUUGCAUUUCUCAGGAAACGCAUUGAUGUGUUCAUGGAGCUGAUGGAGAAAGAGAUGAUCUCUGAUGUUUCGCUGGAUCUCACUUGCACGGACAAGCUUCUCAAGCUGCUGGAUACGGUGGUGAUCAAGCUGGAGGGCGGCAGUGAGGAGGAUUUGAAGGUACUGGAAGUGCAGACGAUGCCAGCACCUGUGAAGCUCGUGGAGGAGCCACCAAAGCUGCCCAAGAUCGCCAAGGACGGCGUGGAGACGGAGAAGAGUGUAGCUGAGGAGGAAGGGGAGGUUGAGGAGCCGAAGGUGGCGCCGGAGGUGGAGAAGAAGGCCAAUGAGGAUGGCGAGAAGGCGGCCGAAGAGCCAGAGGAGAAGGAGAAGGUGGAGAAGAUGGACGAGAGUGAGCAGAAGCCGAAGGAUGGGGAAAAGAAAGAGGAUUCGGCAUCCUCGGAGGACUCUUCUGAGAGCUCCAGUGACUCGGACGAUGACGAGCCGGCGCCGCCAGUUGUGCCCAACGUCGAGGAGAAGGCGAAGGAGGUGGAGAUUGUGUUCCUGGAGGAGGAGAAGAAGGAGCAGGAGCUGCUGGGCGAGCAGAAGCAGCCUGACGUUGAGGAGGUGCCGGAGAAGGUGGUGGAGGAGCAGCAGAAGGACCUGGUGACCAUUGAUUUGGUGCGAGAGAAGAGUGCAGUGCGAGAGUUGCACAAGACGAGCUCCAUCUUCCUACGUAAUCUCACGCCGACCAUCACGAAGGCGGAGGUUGAUGCGAUGUGCCGGAAGUACGAUGGCUUCCUGCGCGUGGCCAUUGCGGAUCCGCUGCCGGAGCGCCGCUGGUUCCGCCGCGGCUGGGUGACAUUCAAGAGGGAUGUGAACAUCAAGGAGAUCUGCUGGAAUUUGAACAACAUCCGCCUGAGGGAUUGUGAGCUGGGGGCAAUUGUCAAUCGGGAUCUCAGCAGGAGGGUGCGUCCGGUGAACGGUGUGGCGCUACACAGGAGUGUGGUGCGCAAUGACAUCAAGCUGUGCGCCAGGAUCAUUCACAAUCUGGACGAGAAGCACGGAUUGUGGCGCGAUGAGGCGGGCGCCGUGCAGGAGGAGUCGCAAGGAGAGUCCUUUGGAUUGCUGUCGCGCAAUCCUGUGCUGCAGAACAUCACAGAUUACCUAAUUGACGAGGCGUCCGCUGAAGAGGACGAACUGCUGGGGCUGACGGAAGAGAAGAAAGAUGUGCUGGAGAGUGAGAUGUUCGACAGUGAUGCGAGUCUUCUGCCUGUGCUGGACAAGUUGAUUCUCUACUUGAGAAUCAUACACUCGGUGGACUUCUACAAUCACUGCGAGUAUCCGUAUGAGGAUGAGAUGCCGAAUCGCUGUGGCAUCAUCCAUGCCAGGAGUCCGGCGCCCACGAGUCGCGUUUCAAGUAACGAUAUUCAGGACUACACGAAGAACUUUGAGUCAAAAUUGCAAGCAUUCCUCACGCCCAGCGGCACCGUGGAGAGUGAUGAGCUGGGGAAGCUGGGCGCGAAGCAGGCGGACGCCGAGGUGGAGAAGUUCAUACUGGCCAACACGCAGGAAUUGGCCAAGGAUAAGUGGUUGUGUCCGCUGUCGGGGAAGAAGUUCAAGGGACCGGAGUUCAUUCGGAAGCACAUUCUCAACAAGCACUCGGAGAAGAUUGAAGAAGUGAAGAAGGAGGUGGAAUACUUCAACAACUACCUCAAGGAUCCCAAGCGUCCGCAGCUGCCAGAGCAUCCUGGCAGUGCGGCCAAGAAGAGUCUCGGCGGCGAUCCUACACCGCCAGGAGCGCAUCCGGCCAUGGGAUAUCGCGGAGCGCCAUUCGGGGGCUCACCGUACGGCUCGCCGUACAAUCCUUAUCCCAUGAUGCCGCCGCAGAGACACCGUGGCGGCGGAUCCGGCUAUCCGAGGAGGAGAAACAUGUCUAAUUUCAGGGGAGGCGGCCCCGAUUAUCGUCCUAUUAUCCACUACCGAGACCUCGACGCUCCGAGGGAGCCAGAUGAAUUCCUGUAAGCGACUCCGCGAGCUCCACAAUUUUCUCAUUUGAUUCCCCACACAUGAAAGGAGAGAAAGAGAGAGUGGUUAAUAAAUUUCUUUCUAUAAUACCCUUAGAU